ACCGCCUACCGCAGCCAGGACAAAAACAAUCGGCAUCCUCUGAACACUACAACAUAAAAACGGAGGACUCGAACCAAAAUCUGUUAUCAUUAAAACACAUUUCAAAGAUACGGACACCACAGAGGGAGAGAUGGUUUCUCCGGUAACAGUGGUCAAAAGCGAAGGCCCAAAGCUGGUGCCAUUCUUCAAGGCGACUUGUGUGUAUUUCGUCCUGUGGCUGCCCACCUCAAGCCCCUCCUGGUUCAGCGCCCUCAUCAAAUGUCUGCCCAUCUUCUGCCUGUGGGUGUUUUUACUGGCGCACGGCUCCAGCUUCCUAGGUGCUCACUCCAGUGCCCGCAAGAUCCUGGCUGGCCUGAUUUUUUCUGCUCUGGGUGAUGCUUUUCUCAUCUGGCAGGAGCAGGGCUACUUUGUCCACGGCCUGCUGAUGUUCGCCAUCACCCACAUCCUCUAUUCCUCCGCCUUCGGGAUGAAGCCCCUCAACAUGUCUGUUGGUCUGGUGGUCUCUGCUGUGUCCUCUGUGAGCUACAUGCUGCUCUACCCCUACCUGUCGGGCCCCUUCACCUACCUGGUGGCCGUCUACAUCGCCCUGAUCGGCUUCAUGGGCUGGAGGGCAAUGGCAGGCCUGCAGCUUGCAAACGACCUGUGGACCUGGACCAAGAUGUCGGCCUGCCUGGGUUCCGUGCUCUUCAUGGUGUCCGACCUCACCAUCGCCGUCAACAAGUUCUGCUUCCCAGUGCCCCACUCACGUGCCAUCAUCAUGGCGACCUACUAUGCGGCUCAGAUGCUGAUCUCGCUGUCAGCGGUGGAGUGCCAGGACGUGGAGGUCGCCAGGAAGAGGUCAUGAGGUACCAAGGGUUCUGUAGCAACUGGUCAUGAGGUUGGGAAGGUGGAAGCCGCCUCCCCCUCCCUCCGGCCCUGAGUGAUCAUGGACACACUUCACCGCCAGAUCCCCAACUCUCAACCCUCAUCUCAAUGUGGUGCUCACACACCGUAACCAUGACUGGUCCACUAUCAGCGUAAUACCCCUCUAGUAUGGUAGUCUCACACCUCACACACCUGUCUUUUUAACACAGAGAUAUACUAGUAUUAUCCCCUGUCCUCCGAUCCUAGAAUAGCUGUCUCAAGUUACCAUGGAGACAAGAGUAGUACUAUCAACCUGCUAUAUAGAGGGAGACAUUCUUAUUUACUUUGAUCUAUUAUGUUUUAAUUUAAGGGCAGUAUAUCACUGGGGACCUGCUCAGUGUGUGGGAGAGCGAUUAUUCGUUUGUGUGUGUGUGUACAUUGAUGUGUGAAUGACAAACACCCUUACCUCACCUUCCACACAGUCCAACCACACAUCUACUUAAUGUCCUCCAAUCAUCAGUCAACUCUUUUCUUUUUGCCUUUUUCUCUGUUGCCCGAGACCUUGUUAAAAAGGGAGGGGUUUUUAUAUUUCUGUGCCCGUAUUCAGCUUUUAUUCUUUCUAAAUACUGACUUGUUCCCCUGAAUUUAAGUCUGCUACUCUUAAAAGUCAGGAGAAAAUCCACGUGUGUUUGAAUUAUGAGCAGUCCUGCACAAUUCAGUCACAACAGCCACACUGCCUCUAUUCACUCCACUGUCUAACAUGCUCAGAAAAAUACACUACUAGUCUCUCAGGAUGAAUGAAUUAGUUUGCUCUUGAAUAAGUGAUGCAGACAGAAAAAUAAUAUGACAUUGUAGGGAAAAGUUUGUGGCCUGCUGUCAAAAAGGGAGCACAGUAAACACUGGAGUCACAGAAGAUUACUGUACACAUUAUAACCUGCUGUACAGUCGCCUUUCAGGCGUUUUUUAAGUGUUUUGUCUGCCACUUUUUCAGCUCACACACCUGACACUUACAACCCCUGCUGCUUUAGUUAUUUGGAACAGUCCACAGGGGUUCUUAUUGCUGGACUGGAUCAGCCAACUCAUGCUGACAUUGGCCUGGGACCAUGUUAUUAAGACUAACAAAAAGGAAAGGGCAAUGUUACUGGCUCUCUGUGUAUCAACUGUGUGUGUGUUUGUGUGUGUUUGUGUGUGUUUUUGUGUCUAACUGGGCCGUUAGAAGAUAUUCCCUCAUCCGUUACCGCACACACACAAACACACACAUGAAAGUACGCACAUUACCCCGGGGCAUCCUGACUGAAAAAAAGAAGAAGAAUAUUACAAAACAUGGAGAAGAGUGAACUAGCUUGUCAUGUGAGGGAAUAGUUAUCUCAUUAUUCCUAAUAAUUCCCUGUCACAGGACACUUCAUCAGCUCUAAUCCUGCAAAAUCCGCCGAAGAUAAUCCCUGACAGGUUGUCUGAUAUUUUGUCUUUCAUCUAUCGCACAUUUUUUUUCCUCUCUCACCUUUCAUUAGUUUCAACUUUAAGAGUGUAUGGAUGGGAGUUUUGAGUGUGUGUGUGCCUGUGUGAGCGUGCAUAUCAACGUCUGUAUGUGUACCUGUGACAAAUCAGAACCAACUCAAGGCCAGAAAUGCUGUGAACCAUCUCAGUAUGAGUAGUACAGACUCUACUGGAUAUCUUUAAUGUAUUCUCUCUCAAGGUUCUUAAACUAUCUCCAUACCCCCUUCUCCUCUUGAAUGUUUUAACUUCUUAGUCUUUAAUGGUGGAGAUCGGGCGUGUUCAGGGUGGUAUGGCCGUAAGCAUCUCAGUUAUUUUUCUCAGUUAAAGAUGACUUUAAAGCUCCUGUAAAGAACUUCAGGUUUGGGUCAAUUCUGGCGCCCCCCUACAGACGAAUCGCCACUUCUUAUCUCUUUGCUGAUUCUGUCAAAUACAUGUGUAAGUAAGGUUUUGAAAAAAAAACCUCUCAUCUUGCCUGCUGUAACAGUCAAAAUUGGGGAAAAGGCUAUUUCUGCAGCUUGCUGUAAAUGCUUUAAUUUGACACCUAUCCGAGAACAGAAGUUCAAGAAGAAGUCAUUCUUCUUCUUAAUGGUCUUGUUGGCUUUUUUCACUCUUAUUCAUUAAUAUUAGAUUGAGUCUAUUUCAUUAACAGUUCAAAACAGGAGCUUUAAGGUAAUAAUUAAUUAGGUCAAUUAUAUUCAUAUUGUGUGCUAUCUAAUAAUUAAUUUGACCUUUAGUGCAAGCAUUAACAUUCGUAAGAAAAGCACCUUGUAAUUAGUGUAGAGUAUGUCACUGGCUUUAUGAUUGAAACCACUAACAGUUUUUGUCCUGGGAAGAAAAUGAAUUUCAUUACAAACUCCAGCAAUCUAAAGUAUUCAUGUUUAAUAAUCUAGUCCGCAUGCACCUUUAACCUGUAACCUGAUAUACUGUGCUGUAUAUAAAACAAACAUGGAGGCAUGGAGAAGAAACAGACCCAUGUUAUGGGUUCCUCCUGCUGGGUCAAUGACCCAUUAAAGCUGUCAGAAACAUCCGAAUAUACAAAAAAAAAAAAAACACACACACACAUAUAAAUGUGAUGAUUCACCGCAUCAGCCACCGUCAACGAUCUGCAGGCAGGUCAUGGUGUUGACAUUCAUAAAGCCCCCGUCUUGAACAUUAUGCUGAAGCAGAAAAUCGUAUUUUUGACCACAAAGGACACUCAAAACGGUCUUCUAUUUCUGAUAAUUCCUCAUCCUCCGUUUUGGCCUGUCAGCGCUAAAUUUCUGCUUUGUCAGUGUGGGUUGUUUCAUCAGUCUGUGUCGCUUUGUUUUCUGUUCUGUUUUAUAAUGAGCCCCUCUCCUUCCGCAGACAUGCACUUGCCUGCCUGUGCUGUCUGAAAUCAGAGUCUAGUGGAGUACAAGGAGACAUGCUGGUUUACGAGACUGAAUCUAGUAUGCAGUCUAAAGUUGAACAGUGAGGGAGGGACGAGAGAGUCAAGCCGUCUUACUCAUCCUUACUAUAUGUGGGCAACCUGUGUGGGCACUUCUCCCUCCUGCCACAUAAAGCCUCUUGACUCGUGUUCUUACAGUUCUGAUGGCUACAUGCCAAAGACAGGCUUUACUUCAACUACUUCUGAGAAUAUUUCUGACGACCAAGUAACAUUUUGGAAAAUCUCCAUGCCUUUGUUAGCCCCUGGAGCAAAGAAUAACCUCAAACACCACACUGAAUCAGGAAUGUGCCCGUUAUUACGCCUAUUUGAAGUAUUAAGAUGUUAACCCUGAAAAUAUUGUAUUUCUUCGCCAAUGACUGGGCACAGAUAACCAAAAGUGAAGCAUUGAAGAACUAAUUUCAUAAAGUAUAUCUCGUUAGUGUAGAGCCCAUCUCAAGUAUCAAAACCUCUUUUGUAUUUGCAUGGCACUCGAGGUCCCCCUCAUUGGUCUUCCAGGAGAGUAUUGUUGAGCGAUACUGUAGCUGGUAUGAGGUGAGGUGAUACAUGACACAAAGGAAGAGUCCUUUUCCAUCCUGCCUGUAAAGUUAGCUGUCAUCCUGCCCCCCCCCCACCCCACCCCCACCUCACAGAUGGCAGGCCAGCAGGCGCAUCACUUUACCUCAGCCUGUCAACAGCACUGUUGUUCUGAGCUUUGUGCGUGCAGACAAAAGGGGACCUGAGAGAGCCGAGGGAGGCUGCUAUAGUCUGGCCUGAGCUGUGAAUAAUGAGCUGGAUCCACUAGCUGUUAUGGUAGAGAGAAGGAGUCUGCACUUUUUGUUCCAUUUUUACAUUUUCUCUCUCUUUCUUUUUGUGUCAUGUGAUCUUUAAUUUGAAACCAUUGCUGUUGAUGUGCGACAUUCACAACACAGAGCUCUAAUUUCUUUUGUACUCAUGCAUGGCAAGAAGUUGUCCACUAUAAACAGCUGGUGUCUUUUUAUUGGCUGCCAUUGACAGUCCUCCGACAUCAGUAUGAGCCUGUGAGAAGUCUGUAGUAAUAAUGCUGUCUUCUCUUUGACAUACGAACCAAAACUGCACUUUUCCACACCCAGAGUAAGGCCAGUCAAUCUCUCUUUUAAGCCAGUGGCUGAAGGGUUUCAAAUAAAAAUCAUCAGGUGUACUGUUUCCUUUUAAGUAUAUAAGCUCCAUUUUCCUGAACUCUUUGCAUUUCUUUCUAAAGAAAAAAAAACUGAAGUGAAUGUUCCAUUGUUGAGGUUUUAAGCAGAAGAAAAUGUUGCAUCAACGCUUGAGAGAAUCAGCAUUUUUCUUUGAAAGGCAUUAUUGCCCUUGAAGUGUUACAAGCAUUUACGUAUCAAUCUUUUUUUUUUUAAGUGUUUUUAUUUUUAUUUGCAAAAAAGUCGCUGUAGAUCUUGCCUGUCAACAUGACAAAAAGCUGGGUUUGUUAUCAAGAUUACUUUGACUUCUUUGUUUUCCCAUCACAAUCCAUCGUUUUAUGAACAAACUUUCUUUCUUUUAUUUUUUACAAAAGAUAGAAAUCUUUUUUUACAAAAGAUAGAAAGAUAAACAUACCUUGUUAGAUUUUCACUUUAUGAUUCAUUUCCUUAACGACUGUAGAGAUGAACUAGUUUUAUUUGCUGUAGUGAAACUGCUAUGAAUGUGAAUAUCUAUUGGAGAAAUAAAUGCAAUUGCAAUGCAACUUUAA